CGGGCGGGAGAAUUCGGGAGGGGCUCGGACACCGUUUCUGUUUCCUGGCCAUGGGCCCGCGGAGCCGUGAGCGCCGGGCAGGAACAGUACGGAGCACCAACGAAUGCAGCGCCCUCAGCAAGAGUUCUCUGGCUUCGCGUGGGUACGUGCACGACGCCUUCACCUCACUGCUGGUUCCGGGGGCCGCGCGCCGCGCGCCGUUAAUCCACCGGGGCUACUACGUCCGCUCGCGCGCCGUGGAGCACUGCGUGCACGCCUUCUUGCGGCUGACCAGCGCUGUCCCCGGGCCGCCUCGCGCCCAGGUCCUGUCACUCGGCGCAGGCUCGGACUCGCUGUAUUUUCGCCUCAAAGCUGCGGGCCUUCUGGCCGGGGCUGGCGUCUGGGAAGUGGAUUUCCCGGAUGUGGCGCGGCGCAAGAUGGAGAGGAUCAGGGAGACGCCAGAACUGUGCAAGUUAAUUGGGCCUUUCCAAAGUGGGGGUCCGGAGUCGCCGCUGUGCCUGGAGAGCUUGGACUACCGCAUCCUGGGCCUGGACCUGCGGCAGCUGGGGCGACUGGACGAAGCCUUGGACUCUGCGGGCCUGGACGCGGCCACACCCACUCUGCUCCUGGCAGAGGCUGUGCUCACUUACCUCCAAUCCAGCAGUGCCUCAGCCCUCAUCGCCUGGGCUGCCCAGCGUUUUUCUAGUGCCCUUUUCGUUAUCUAUGAGCAAAUGAAGCCUCAAGAUGCCUUUGGGCAGGUCAUGUUGCAACAUUUUCAACAGCUGAAUUCUCCCCUGCAUGGUCUGCACCUCUUUCCAGACGUGGAGGCCCAGCGUCGCCGCUUCCUUCAAGCUGGCUGGACUGCCUGCAGUGCCAUGGAUAUGAAUGAAUUCUACCACUGCUUUCUUCCUGCAGAAGAACGUCAGCGGAUGGAACAUCUUGAACCCUUUGAUGAGUUUGAGGAGUGGCAUCUGAAGUGCUCCCACUAUUUCAUUCUGACAGCUUCUAGGGGAGACACCUUCUCCCAGACUCUGGUGUUGCCUCCCUCAGAGGUAUUUCCUCGAGUAGAUCCUGCUUCACCUUUGGGGGUCUUUCCUGCCAAAGUGGUCACUAAUGGCAGCCAGGGUUCAAACCUUAGGAGAUAUGGCCAUGCCUCUGUCCUCUUUUGCCCAGGCAUUGUUCUCAGCGCAGGAGGAUUUGGAGAACAGGAAGGACAGCACUGCCGAGUGAGCAAAUUUCACUUGUUGUCAAGAUACUGUGGUGUUGGAUGGAAAGACAGCCAAAUAUGUAGUUGGGGAACUGGACUCCAGUGGGAUGGACGCCUUUAUCAUACCAUGUCAAGACUUUCAGAUACUCAGGUUCUGGUUCUGGGAGGAAGAUUGUCUCCACUAAGUCCAGCCUUGGGGGCGCUCCAACUUCAUUUAUGUAAGAGUGAAGAUAAUAGCAUGGAAGCCCUGAAUGUGGUAGUAACAAAGUUUGACUCGGAGGAUUACACUUUGUCAUGUUGGCGGCAUUCAACAACAGAAGUAUCUUAUCAGAAUGAGAAAUAUUUGUUUGUGUAUGGAGGUCGGAACGUAGUGGAACCAGUGCUAAGUGACUGGCAUUUCCUACACGUAGGAAAAAUGGCUUGGGUCAAGAUCCCAGUGGAAGGGGAUGCACCUGGAGCUCGGCAUUCCCAUAGUGCCUGCCCUUGGCAAGGGGGAGCUCUUAUUGCUGGGGGUCUUGGAGCUUCUGAAGAGCCAUUGAAAUCUGUAGUUUUCCUGAGGCCAAUUUCUUGUGGAUUCCUGUGGGAAUCAGUAGAUAUCCAGCCUCCCAUUACCCCAAGGUACUCCCACACAUCUCAUGUAUUCAAUGGACAGCUUCUCCUGGUUGGAGGGGUCUGGAUUCAUUCCUCCUCAGUUCCUGGAGUGACCGUUAUCAAUCUGACUACAGGAUUGAGCUCUGAAUAUCAGAUUGACACAACAUGUGUGCCUUGGCCAUUAAUGUUACACAACCAUACCAGCAUUCUCCUUCCUGAAGAGAAACAGCUCCUACUCCUGGGAGGUGGUGGGAACUGCUUUUCCUUUGGCACUUACUUCAACCCCCAUACAGUGACACUAGACCUUUUUUCUUUAAGUCCUGAGCAGUAAAGAUGAUGCUUGAUAUAUUCGGGAUCCACUAAAGUAAACAAUAAAGGUUUCCCCAAAGGUACCUUGAAUUUGGUUAUAGAUAUUGCCAUGCCUCCACCAUUCCCUUUUAUUCCUUAGCACUAUUAAGUCCAGAAAGUGAGAAAGUUGCUAAAAUACCAACAAUCAGAGAAAUAGUACAAAGAUAAAACAGGAAACUGUUCACACAGCAGUAAAGUAGACUUCUGCAUUCAUAUAUCCAGUUUAUUGGACUUCUAUCAAUUUUCAAAUCUAAUAUCCAUUUAUUGAGUGAAAAAGUAAAAGCAAAGCCAGGUGUGGUGGCACAUGCUUGUAAUACCAGCAUAUG